GUGGUUCUCUCUCUCUCUUUUCCUUUUCUGUAGAUAAAGAUAAGAAUUUUAUUUAAUUCCCAUUAAAAUAUUAUUCAAUUAGCAGAAGCCGAGAAAACACCAGUCUGGCUAGCUAGCUAGCUUAGCUCCAACUCCAAUGGCGAUCUUUGAAUACCCCGAGAUCUUCUUGUUUCUCUUACCAGCCAUGAUUCUAUUCCUUGUUUGGAGAACUAAAACCCAGAAAAAAACCUCGUUGCCGACGAACUGGCCACUCGUCGGAAUGCUGCCGGGGAUUCUACAAAACUCCCACCGGAUCCACGAUUACGCUACAGAUAUUCUUUCCGAAAGCGGGGGCACUUUUCAGUUCAAAUUUCCCGGGGUUUUCAACAUGGAUAUGCUGGUCACCUGCGACCCGGCAAACAUCCACCAUAUCUUCAGCAGAAACUUCUCCAACUAUCCAAAGGGCCCCGAGUUCAGGAAGAUAUUCGAAAUCCUGGGGGACGGAAUCUUCAACGCCGACUUUGAGUUGUGGGAGCUUCACCGGAGAACCACGCUGGCAUUCUUGAACCACACGAAGUUCUACAGCUUGUUGGAGAGCUCCGUUUGGGGGAAGGUGGGAACCGGGCUUUUACCGGUUCUUGAUGAUUUGAUCGCCAAACAAGGCGCUAACAAUAGUCAUGAAGUUGACUUGCAGGAUGUUUUCCAGAGGUUGACUUUUGAUAACAUUUGCAAGCUCGUGUUGGACUAUGAUCCCUGCAGCUUGUCCGUCGACAUGCCGUAUAUACCGUCCGAAAAGGCGUUCAACGACGCCGUUGAAGCACUUUUGUACAGGCACGUGCUGCCUGAGAGUGUUUGGAAGCUUCUCAAAUGGCUGGAAUUAGGUAAAGAGAAGAAGCUUGUCGAAGCUUGGAAGGCGUUCGAUGAUUUCAUAUAUCCGCUUAUCCCUUCGACUUUCGAAGGAGAUAAGCGCGAUGAUCACAACAUGUUGGCAUGUUUUCGGAAGGCGUACGAAGAGAAAUUGUCGAACAAGGGUUUGAGUACUAGUACAACAACAACUAGGGACUUUCUGAGGGACACUGCGUUGAGUUUGAUGUUCGCGGGUCGAGAUACGACGAGCACUUGUCUCACGUGGCUUUUCUGGCUAAUCGCCAAAAACCCUUCAACCGAAACGAAGAUUCUUGAAGAAAUCGAGAUCGAAUUCAAGAAAUGGAGAUUGUUUAGUGUGGAAGAGUCGCGUAGGUUGAUUUACCUACACGGGGCUUUGUGCGAGUCUUUGAGGUUGUUCCCUCCGGUGGCGUUGGAGCAUAAAGCUCCAAUUCAACCCGAUAAUCUUCCUAGUGGCGAUUACGUAAAAUCGAAUGCGAAAGUGAUAGUUUCGUUCUAUUCGACCGGGAGAAUGGAGUCGGUAUGGGGAAAAGAUUGCUUGGAGUUCAAGCCGGAGAGAUGGAUUUCGGCUAGUGGUGGGAUAAAGCACGAGCCUUCGUACAAGUUUCCGGCGUUUAAUGCCGGACCGAGAACUUGUCUCGGCAAAGAGAUGGCGUUCGCACAAAUGAAAAUGGUGGCGGCUACGAUUAUAUAUCGUUACAAGAUCGAGCUUUUGGAAGGUGGUGGUUAUCCGGUUGUUUCUCCUCGUGACUCCAUUAUACUACAGGCCAAACAUGGAUUGAAGGUCAGGUUAUCUAGAAGAAAUUAAUGUCUGAUUAAUUAAAGAAGCUGUCGAAUUUGGUGUGUAUUUUUUUUAAAUCAAGAUUUGGUGUCUUAGCAUUGUAAAUUAUGGUGUGAGAGAUUUAUAAUAAUUGUAAGGUCAAAUUAGUGACUUUUGAGGUAUGCUGAAAUUGCGAAAAUCCCUGCAUGUUAUGGUAAUUAUAACCACCCUUCAAUUGUGUCUUACACGUCUGUUCUUAUUUUUAUUUUUUACUGUGUCAAAUUUACCUAUUGAAUGAUGGUUUUUUUUCGUAAGACA